AUGGCGACCUUGCCCGGCUGUGACUCUGCGACCUUGGAGCCGACCGCCCGCGCUCUGCGCACCCCUUCUCCCCUCCUCCUCCUCACCUCCUGCGCAACCCUCGCACGACUCCCCCCGCCCACGUUCACCCCUCGACCCAGUGCGCCUACCACCCACGGCCCACCACCUCGUGCAAAAUUUAAUAUACCUUCAAGUAUUACCAGU